CCGCCCAGUGCGCCCACGGCGCUCCCAGUCCGUACACCAUGAUCUGAGCUCGUCGCCGGCACGACGCACAUGGCCCAUGAUGGCCGCUCAAUCGACGCUGCGAGCGCCGCAUGAUCGGCUACUCGCCCUCUACGACCGCUAUGCCCGCACCGUCCGCUCGCGCGUGGGCGGCGCCUCGAAGCUCACCAAGCUGCUGUCGACGCUCGCGCUGCUGCUCGCCAUCGUCGGCGCCGGCCAGGGCUGUCGCCGCUGGUACGCGGGCCGCCGCGCGGAAAAGGAGACGGGCAGGCGGCUGCUGCGACGCAACUCGGGGCUGAAGAACAAGGACGGCAGCAGGACCGUCUUCGUGCCGUACCGCGACGCAACGUCCAAGGUCGUCAUCCACCCGACCAAGCCGACCACGUUCGAUGCCCACCGCCGCCUCUUCCUGCAGCCGCCGCGCGCCGCGAGGAUGUCCGACGCGACGCCCGACGCGAGCAGCCCGCAGGCGCCGCCGCCGCACGCGAAGCCGGGGCUCAACCUGGCGUUCCUGCACCAGUUCCUCAGCCUGCUGAGCAUCAUGGUCCCGCGCUGGAACAGCAAGGAAACGGGCCUGCUGCUCGGCCACGGCGUGUUCCUGAUGCUGCGCACGUACCUGUCGCUGCUCGUCGCCCGCCUCGACGGCGACAUUGUGCGCGACCUGGUCGCCGGCAACGGCACCGCCUUCCUCUGGGGCAUUGGAAAGUGGCUGGGCGUCGGCACGCUGUCGUCGUACACCAACGCCAUGAUCAAGUUCCUGCAGGCAAAGGUCGCCAUCGCCUUCCGCACCCGCCUCACGCGCUACAUCCACGACCUGUACCUCAACGACCGCCUGAACUACUACCGCCUCGCCAACCUGGACGGCGGGGUCGGGCAGGGCGCCGACCAGUUCAUCACGCAGGACCUGACGCUGUUCUGCACGGCCGCCGCGUCGCUGUACUCGUCGCUGGGCAAGCCUGCCGUCGACCUGUGUGUCUUCAACUACCAGCUGUUCCGCUCGCUGGGGCCCAUUGCCCUGACGGCGCUGCUGAGCAACUACCUCGUGACGGCCACGGUCCUGCGGCGGCUCUCGCCGCCGUUUGGCAAGCUCAAGGCCGUCGAGGGCCGCCGCGAAGGCGACUUCCGCGCCCUGCACGCCCGCCUGAUUGCCAACGCCGAAGAAGUCGCCUUCUACGGCGGCGACCAGAUGGAGAAGCACUUUCUCGAGCGCGGCUUCAAGGACCUCAAGCACUGGAUGGAAGGCAUCUACAGCCUCAAGAUCCGCUACAACAUGCUCGAGGACUUUGUGCUCAAGUACUCCUGGUCUGCGUUUGGCUACCUCAUCACCUCCCUGCCCGUCUUCCUCCCCGCGUGGGGCGGUCUGGACGCUAGGGCCGCGCUCCCCGGCCUCGCGGGCGAGAGACAGGGCCGCGAGCGCAACCGCAUGAAAGACUUCAUCACAAACAAGCGCCUCAUGCUCUCGCUCGCCGACGCCGGCGGGCGGAUGAUGUACAGCAUCAAGGACCUGUCCGAGCUCGCGGGCUACACGUCGCGCGUGUACACGCUGAUCAGCACUCUGCACCGCGUCCACGCCGACGCGUACUCGGCGCCCCCAGGCACUCGGCCAGAGCUCUACUCGGUCGCCGACAUCCAGGGCACCGUGCACCGCGGCUUCGACGGCCUGCGCCUCGAACACGUCCCCGUCGUGGCCCCCUCGCUGCAUCCGCGCGGCGGCGACGAGCUGCUCGAGAGCCUGUCCUUUAUCGUGCACGCCGGCGAGCACCUGCUCAUCACGGGCCCCAACGGCGUCGGCAAGAGCGCCGUCGCACGCAUCGCAGCCGGCCUGUGGCCUGUGUACCGCGGCUUGGUCUCGCGGCCGCGCUCCGUCGGCACGGACGGCAUCAUGUUCCUGCCGCAGCGCCCGUACCUGUCCACCGGCACGCUGCGCGACCAGGUCAUCUACCCGCACACGGCCGUCGACAUGAAGGACGCCGGCCGCCGCGACGCGGAGCUGCAAGCCGUCCUCGACGAGGCCAAGCUGGGCUACAUGUCGGACCGCGAGGGCGGCUGGGACACGAAGAAGGUGUGGAAAGACGUCUUCAGCGGCGGCGAGAAGCAGCGCAUCGGCAUCGCGCGCCUGCUCUACCACGAGCCACGCUACGCCUUCAUCGAUGAGGGCACCUCGGCCGUCUCAUCCGACGUCGAGGGACUGCUGUACGAGCGCUGCAAGGCAAAGGGAAUCACACUAAUAACAGUAUCCACCCGCGCCUCCCUCAAACGCUACCACACGCACCUCCUCACCCUGGGCCUCGGCGAGUCCAGCGAAGAAUGGGAGUUUACGCGCAUCGGCUCCGCGACGGAGAAGUCGUCGGUCGAAAAGGAGCUCGCCGAGCUGCGCGACCGCCUCGCGAGCGUCGAGCAGUGGAAGGCGCGCAGGUCGGAAAUCGAGCGCGAGUUGGAGAGCGUGUGGGUCGAGGGCGGCGAGGAGCUGGCGCCGCCGCCCUACGCCGAGACGCUGGGCGGUGGCUCUUUGGGCGGAGAUGAAGACGGCGAGGGCGUGAGCGAGUCGGGCUGUGGCGGGAGCGAGUCGGGCGAUGAGGGGACGCAUGAUGGGGAGGGGACGCAUGAUGGGGAGGGGAUGCAUGAUGGGGAGGGCACGCAUGAUGGGGAGGGGACGCAUGAUGGGAUGAGCGCCGAGGGCGACGACUUUGGGUCGACGAGUUCCUGGAAUCCAGCGCACCGGCCGUCGUAGCAUCAGCACCAGCACCAGCAUCAGCAUUGACAAUCACAAUCACAGUCAUGUAAUGAAAGUCAUAGCAUUGACAAUCACAAUCACAGUCAUGUAAUCAAAGUCAUAGCACAACCACUCCGUUC